AGCAAUCUAUUUAAAAUUGUCAUAACAUAGUAUAAUGGUAGACACCGCGAAUAACACGCAAAAAUCUAGUUUAUAUUGAGAUAAUUAUAGCAAUAAUAACCCCUUACUGGAACUAACUCGGGAUAUAAAGUAGUUUAUGUUGUGACCAGUAGAAAAGAAGAUUCCACCGAGAGAGGAUAUUUAACACUUCUUUUAUCGCCAUGAAAUGAGGAAGUUGACAGAUUUCUGAUCACAUCGUAAUUAGGUUGAUAUUGACUUAAAGGAGUUGGAAAAUCUGUUUUUACUAUCGCAGGUUUCCCCGAGGCUAAUGUUCUCUGUAUUCGGUGAAAUAUCUUAGUCAUUUCUAAAUGUUAUAAUUCCGUUGAGAGAUUUAAUAACCACGUCAAGAGAGGAUUUAGAGAGGUUAGUCAGAUCACGCCCAAGUACGUAGAAAACCUUAUCCCGACUCGAUCGGCAUUGGUAGCUGGACUUAGAAAGUCUCUCAACUUGAUCACUCGGGAAACAAAGUACUGAUCCGGUUGUCAGGGUAAGCUAGACGUUCUUAAUUAAAGGGAUUUCAGCCAAAUGACACGCAAAACUUGGCGGCAAUUAAUAUCAAUUAAUACCCAUCACAUAUGUGUAAAUUUCAUUAUUUCAAAUUUUCAUUUCUGGACUCAUUGUUUGCUCAAGCCCCUUGCCAGUGUCACUGUAGGCGUAGAUAUUCGGUAGUAAAAGUGUUUUUUUCGCAUCACUUACUGCCAUUACGCGCGUUACAACGAGGAAAUGGCCAGUAUACAUCUUGAAGACUAUCACGACUUACCGAUCAAAUCAAAUCGAUUUUGCUAGGUCGUUUUCAUGCCAAGUAUUUAAUGUUCAUAUAAUUAGGUGCUUAUUGAAGCCCAUAAGAUUGUUAUGUUAAUCUAGAUAGAGAUUAAUGUUAAUAGACUCUGAUUAUAUUUUCGUUCCGUCAAUGUUUUCUAAAUAAAGUGUGCUUCAAACGAAGCCUUCUGAUUGGUCACAUUUUCACAUCGAGGUAGGACCGGCUGUUUUAUCUGAGGGUGGCUGGUUGACAAAACCUUGACUUAUUAUCAGAGGUAUAAUCUUCAACACGGAGGCUAACAUUCGUACAGUGAGUUCUAGAGGCUCUAGCUAAAGUAAAUGAUCAGUACGAUACGAGUGAUGGAGGCUGAGGAAGAAGUACAGAAUACUACCUCUAAUAAUAAUAAGCCAACCUCACUUUCGCAUAGCAUUCGUGACAUCUUGGGCCUCGCUACUUCCCGACAAGAGAGCGUCAAUGAUCAAGUGGAUGAACGAAAUAACACAGAUAAGUCAGAAGAACAGAACAGAAAAGACGACAAUAACAAGAGUUGUAAUCCUGUCACAGAAUCUAAAGAUAGCGCAGUGGGUUCUCCGAUGUCAGAACGAUCAAGACCUGCUUCUGCUGGUUCUCAAGAAGACAAUUUAGAAAAUAUAGAACUCGAUUCAGCAGAAGAAGCAAAUAAUUCGACGAAGAAAAAGAAAACGAGAUACCGAACGACAUUUAGUCAGUUCCAAAUCGAAGAGCUGGAAAGAGCCUUCGAUAAAGCACCGUAUCCUGAUGUGUUUGCUAGGGAAGAAUUAGCAUCGAAACUGGGACUAACAGAAGCUAGAAUACAGGUCUGGUUUCAAAAUCGACGAGCAAAGUGGCGCAAGAGGGAGAAGCUUUGUGGUUUUGGUCCAGGAAUGGUUGGCCCAGGUCUGCCAUACCCAUGGAUCCACGAUGUCGGUCCUUCUCCGUCCCAUCCAUUCUAUCAUCCAUCCAAUCCUGUUUCUACCCCACCUAGAGAACUUUGCACCUCGUAUUUUGCUGCCUCUCACUACGCACAACCACCAUACUCCUACUAUAAACCCAAUACGCCUUCAUUAGCCCGCGCUAUACCGUCCUGUAGCGGUCAUUUUCGCGAGUGUGGUUGUUCUAUCGGAGGUAGCCUAUACCCUGGUGGAUCCCAGGUAGGGUCCUGUAUGGUACUACCGGGUUAUUGUCCAGAGCCGGACAUCGAAACUAGAGUGGAUACGAUAGAGUUAAAGAGGGGUGAUCUUCACAAGGAAGGUUCCAGGGUGUCAAGUAUUGCUUCGCUACGAUUACGAGCCAAAGAACACGAGAUGAACCUCGUUCAUUAUCUCAAUACCAACUAAAUAAUCCUUGAAUGUUACGAAUUAUUGUAAAUACUUUGAUACAUAUCUCCCUCAUCACUGCGUAGAUUCUAUAUUCUUACUUGAUAUAUAUGCGUAUAGUUAAAAGAAAAAUGAACGCAUCAAAUAAACUACAAAGAAAUAAAAGAA